AUGUCGAAUUUAGAAUUUGCUUUCCGCAGUCCACGGUCUUCAAAGGAAUUAUUUAAUAUAUUCUUGAAUCAGCAAAGUCUUAUAGGUUACAGAUUUUCGAUUUCAGACGAAGCACAUUUUUUUGAUGCCUUUAGUGAACAGCUUUCGGCUCUACCUUUUGACGGUUCACAUUUCGACGCUAGUUGUUUUGAUCUUUGUGGAGAUGAAUUAAGAGCACACUUAAAUUCUCGUUACAUGAAAGCCGUGAAUUCUAUCUGCAAAUAUACUGAACAAAUAUGUUUCGAACAUAAAAAGAUAGUAUUGCGGAAUUACUUCAUUUUACCGUACGGAGACAGGGAUCACAUUAAGAAAGUGAUUCUUCAGGUUGAGAAUAAUUUUGCGCACCUAUUGUCCGAAGCAAUUUUAACAAUGCAGAAUACCCUGAAAAUAAGCUUUGCUCAAAUAACACAUCCACUAAAAAGAGUCGUUGAAUCUACACGUUUCAAUGUUGAUAUCACCACAAUUCUCGAGUCUUAUUAUAUCGAAAACAGUCGCCCAAAUAAGAAUCAAAAAGAGCAUCUGGCAAAAUCAACUGGUCUUUCCACGAAACAAAUCGAGGUGUGGUUCAAUAAUCGACGCAAUCGUGCGGGGAAGAACAUGGAAGACUAUGGAAAACUAACAAAUGAUUUUUUGGAACAUCCUAUUGAUUGGGCGGAUAAGUUUCAAUCAAUUGAAAACGGAAGCCUCACUCACAAAGAUGCAAUCCUUUUUAUUUGUAAUGCUUUUGACAUCGAUCGUUCCGAAAACGAAACACACGAAACUAAUGAAAUGACAAUGACGUAUAGUGAAGAAACAAUUUCUAGGCAACAAAAAACCACCCAUAAAAUAAGACAACUACGGAGAAACAUGGAAUCUAGAACGAAGCCCUAUUCACUAGAUUCACCGAUGACUUCGCGAAUUACAUCGGCUCGAAAUGUUCAAGAUUUUCUCAAUUUUACUAAAGGAACCACAUCUUCGCAGAUAGUUAAUGAUUAUGAAUCCGUUGGAUCGAAUGUCCCUUGUCAGGAAAUAAUGACGGGUGAUAUUAGAGGCAAAGUAUUUCCAAACAAUAAUAAUUUAAAAAUUUCCAACAAACAAAAUGUUCAAGCAUUUUCAUCUCCACAUAUUCGCCCGAGAACUCCUCAGACUUUAUUUACUCCAUCUAGCCUUGACUCGUUUCAUCUUACCAAUGAUUUAGAUCACGUUAAUUUUGGAGAUUCAGAGAGAUUCGAUUUUACUAAUUAUUGCACCAACAAUUUUUUUCCUUUGAACUCAACAUCAACAUCUGACCUUUUUGGUCAUCCCUUUAAUUCCGAACUAUUUUCCGAUAGUUUUACAUUUUUUCCUCUAAAUGGGAAUAGCUCUUUCGAAACAUUUUCAUUUCAACCUACUUAUUCUUAG